CUCAUGACUUGUUAUGUUUGUAUAGCGAGGGAAGACUCGUUAUUUGGAAUCCUUUAAUUACAAAAGCUGUUGCUGUGGUUGUUCCUAAUGCGGCAAUUCUUGACACGACCCGUUAACCCGACCCGAACCCGACACGAAAAAAGCAGGUUUGGUUCGACUAAUACGACCCGUUUAAAAAACGGGUCGGGUUCGGGUUGACCUGUAUUAAAAACGGGUCGGGUUCGGGUUGACCCGUAUAAAAACGGGUUGACCCAUUAACCCGUUUAACUAUUUAGAUAAAAAAUCUUUUAUAUUUUUGUUUUUGUUUUUUCGGUUUCUAUUUUACAUGGUUAGUUAUAAUAAUGUUAAUUUUGACACAUUAUAUUAUUUAUUUAUCACAUUCAUAUUUAUCAUUAAACAUGUUAUCGAUAACCCACUUAAAACCGAACAACUCGUUUAUAAAUCGUCAACUUAUAUCACUUGUUUAAAAAUAUGGGUUAAACGGGCCAGGUUCGGGUUGACCCGAAUUAAUAUGGGUCGGGUUAGGGUUGAAAUCUUUGACCCGAAUAAUAAUAUGGGUCGGGUUCGGGUUGAACAUUUCAACCCGCCAACCCGUAACCCGUCAACCCGCCAACCCAUCAACCCGACACGAUUGCCACCCCUAGAUAAGAUGUUUAACACCCAGUUCGGGUUUGGGGUUUGUCGUGAGACGAGUGACCCGAAGAUUGUCAAGAUUAGAUAUGUUAAUAAGUUUGCGGAUAUGGAAAGUGUAAAUGACAUCCCUUGGCAAGUUGAGAUUUUUACGUUAAGCACGGGGGUGUGGAGAAGUCCGUAUGGCAAUCUCCCUCGUAAAUCGAUUGUUUUUGAUUGUCGACAAAAUGGGGUUUGUGUAGAUGGGUUUUGUUAUUGGCUUGCUACCGAUAGGAGUACGGUAGAUGUUGUUAAAGCUUAUAAUAUGAUUGUUUCAUUUGAUAUGACACAUGAAGAAUUUAGAGAAGUAAACCUCCCGGAUAGAUUUGUAUACCAAGUGUCCAUGUGGGAUUUGGACAUAUAUAAUCUAAGUGAGUCUCUUGUUUUGGUUGAACGCAGUGGGAUCUAUAAUCCAGUUUAUGAUGUUUGGAUGAUGGAGGAUGGUGUACGAAACUCGUUUACAAAAUUAUACACUAUUCGCGCGCCAGAUGCAAGAAUAAAAGGCGUACGUGAAUUUAGGAAGAGUGGUGAACCUGUAAUUGAAGUUAUAGAAGAUGAUCGGAAAGCAAUAUCCCUUGUUGUUUAUGAACCUAACUUAAAACGCAUCAGUAACUUGGGGAUAUCGCGUGGGACUAAUUAUGUAGGUCAAUUUUUUGUGCAUUCCUAUAUGGAAACGCUACUUCUGCUUGAUCAACCAUCAUUAACGAUUUUUGACGACGGGAAACGCUACGUUGAAAGUUUAUAA